AUGCAAAGCUCGCUCGAGCCGGUGCAAACGCUACGAUGUCAUGACCCUCUCGAGGCCGGCCGCCAUGUGCGGAGGCCAAGACAGCACAAGGCACUGUCCAGGCGCAAGAGCUCCGACUUUCUGCUCGAGGCGGCGCCGCAUCGCCAGCGCCUCAAGAGGAGCAGCAAGUGGAUGAAGCUCGACCUCGCCCCUCUGCCGGAGAAUGUGAUGCAGUUCGCCAUCUCGAGUCACGGCACGCAAACGGCCUUUGACUUCUCGCUCGACACGCAAUGGGCGUACAGGGGAACCAAGCGCUGUCGUCUCGGGUCCGACGUCGAGGGCCCCAACACGGCUACCAUCAGCCGCAAGAAGCGGCGCCUGAGGACGCAGCUCAUCACCAGCCGGCUGUCCCAGCCCUUCUCCCAGCCUGCCACGCACAUCUUGAACCGCAAUGGCAGGCAAGUUGGCGACCGGCGCUUCGUCAAGAUGGCCGUCACGCUCGACUCCAGCAGGCGGGCGGCGCAUCUGCAGGAGACGGCGUACCUGAGAUAUUCAAUCAUGAACUGCAUGCGCAAGAGGAUGGGCAUUGCGAAAUCCCUGGAAUCGGGAAAGACGGGCCACGGGGGCACGGAGCGGCAGAGCAUGGACACGUACACCAAGGCGCCGUGGCAGGCUCGAGACGUCAAGGCGGUUCCCGAAGCAGAGGCAAAGACUCUCGAGCCCAGUCUCGGGGCGUGUCAAGGCUCACCAGUGGCGCUGAAAGAGGCCGCUGAUGCUCAGUCCGAGACACUUGUCAAGGUCCCGGCAUGCCGCUUGUCCAAGCCCAGAGCUCUGCCGCUUCCCUCUGCUGAUGCCGACGCCACGAAUGAGCGCAGUUCGGCGCGCAUCGACUCGACAAAAUCACCAGAGCCGAGGCCGCCGUGGAUCUAUGACGAUGGUGAGGAGGACAGCUUUGCCUUUCUUCAUCUGGACGAGGAGCAUCUGGACGACGACGACGCGGACGUUUACUGCGACUUUGACGCCUUGUUCGGGGCCAAGGCGACUUCGCCUGACACGCAGUCCGCUUCGGAAGAGCAUACAUAUGAGGAGUACAUGGAUGAAUUAGACGGCAUAUCUUGGAGGUUGGGCUAA